UGUUCCAACGUCAGUGCGUAAGACGCAUGACGCGCAGGGAGUACUGGGAGUUGAAGUGCGCGCGUUGCGUCAGCCGGCAUGUACCGCAGUCAAUGGCGAUGUCCCAGGUUACUGUCGACGAGGUGGAGAAGAAACUGCAUGACUCCCUUACACCCCUGGGUUUUGAGGUUUACCCUUUUAAGAUCGGCUGGUACAAUGCGCUGCUCUCAGCAUCCCUGCACCUUCCCUACUCUGACGACACACUUGCGGUGGUGGUGUUGAGCACCCCGGACAUGUUUGACCAAGCCUUCAAGCCGUUCCUUAAGAGGGACGCCUACAAGGGCGUGCGUGACCCCAUCGACCAGUGUGUGGCUCACUGCAUCUCAAGCUGCGUGUUACAGUGUUUUGCAGACCUCCCUGUUGACAUCCAUUACGACUAUGAGAUACUCCCAAGCCGGAAGCCUCGAUUCCUGGCGCAGACCACCGUGCACGUGGCCGGGGCAGCUUACUACUACCGGCGGAGUGAUGUCACCGCCGACCCAUGGGGGGACAGGAAGAUAUUUGGGGUCUGUAUUCACCCCAGACUUGGCGGCUGGUUUGCCGUUAGAGCUUUGCUUGUGUUCCCGGGCUUGGAGGUAGGAGUGGAGCUACAGCAGAGACCGCCCCCAGACUGUGUUCCCUCCCAGGAAUCCAGAGUGGAACUGCUGGAGAGAUUCAACUUCCACUGGCGAGACUGGAGCUACCGGGACAUCAUCCCGGCAGACCAGAGCUACUCGGAGGAGCAGCAAAUGUACUUUUCUACCCCUCCAGGCCAGCGUGAAGUGCUGCUCAGAGAGUGGGGAUUUCUGCAGAGCCAGGACGCUGGACUACAGGCUCUAGAUCACAGCCCAGAAAGAGAUGGCGCAGGCUGAUUCAUUGCCGUUUUCCUUUUACACGGAAUCCGUUCAACAUUAAUUAGCAAGUUUUUUUGUGGAUAUGUUGAUUUAUUUGAGUCAUUUUUGAAAAUGAAACUUUUAAAAUGAACUUGCAAACAGCAAGGUACUGCUUCUCGUAAUGUAGGAUGAUUAAGUAAGGCGUGUGAAGAGAUUAGAGUGCAUUGAAAGGGAACAGAGAGGGCAGCCCUUUGUAUAACUCUUUAUAUAAUAUGCAAAGCUGAGAUAAGUAAAUGGAUAUUGUACAAAAAUGCCUUUAACUUUUGAAGUGCAUUUCCCUAGGAGCAGAGGGUAAAGCACUUACCCAAAGUGCUGAUUUUGAUUUUUUGCAAUCUGAUCACUCUCAUUGCAGUAGUGUGGCGAGUCAUGUGUGGGGGCGAACAUUUUUAAAAUGGGCCUUGAGAAGACUGUCAGGGUUACUGUUUACUUUAAUUUAUCUGGUACGUUUAAAUUCCCCUUGCUAGAAGCAUAGACCUCAUCUCCAAUAGUGCUUUCAUUAGCUUCUCCAUUUUUAUAAGGGAUCUGUCCAGUUUCUUCGGUUUGUUUUUGCAAACUUUGAAAGCCACGCAUUGCAUAGGUAGGAAUCCAUUCAGGUGGACACCGCCAUUUGUGUGAUUGACAUAAAAGUGUAAAACUAAAGUUCUUUCUUUGUGUAAAAACUUUAAACGAGGACGGAGUACAUCAGCGGUGCAAUUCCGACGACUUUUCUCGAGUGAACACUGUCUGACGAGCCUUUAACCUAACAAAGAGUAAAAAGUGCCGGAAUCGUCUCUGUGGCCCUUAAAAUGGGUGAAAUCGUUCUGGGUGCAGCGUGAAUCCAGGAAGCGAGAUGGAUGCAAGUGGGAUGGACCCUGGCUGGCGGUCGGGUGGGCAGGCAAUGGAGAUCCAUUUCUCUAAUAAGCUGUCACUUUAACUGUCGAGGAACACGGUGUCAGCGAGCGGGAGGGUGGCUGUGCCCACUGCGGUGUGACGGAUAGACCAACACUUCAUUUUGUCAUGGAAACUUACUGGAGGCCAGGAGGGUGGAUCCUGCAGGUUGGUGGAGAUCUUUUCUGUGCUGUGAUCAGUGCAUGAGUCUUGCACAGUCGCUCUGCUGCAUUGUGGCUUGAUGUAAUAUUUAAGUUAUGUGUUUAUCCUUGGAUAAUUAAUAUGAUGCGUGUUCAAAAGAGCAUUAUUGCUGGAUCAUAUGUCCUUUCUGCUUUGCUUAAUUAUCUGUCAUGCUUUGCCAUUCGCUUUGGCCUCCUUUCUGUGCCGCCAAGGGCUUCUGUCCAAAAGGGGAAUAAACAAAUAAACCGACCUUGGGAAAAAAAGGAAUUCUAAAAUUAC